AUAAUAACAUUAUAACAUCUCCAUUUUCGAUCAGCAGUCAUACAUUGAUAUCGAAGAAAAAUUUAAGGAAAUCGAAAAUGCUUCAACGUGUUGGAAUUUUGAGCAGAAAUGCUCUUCGACAAACUCAAACCAUUGCAAUUCGCCACAGCCAUGAUGGUGGUGUUCCCGGAGGAAAUUUACCUUUUGGUAUUAACAAUGUCCCAAAGCUAACUGCAUACUUCACAAUUUUUAUGGCUCUUGGUCUUGGAGCACCAUUCUUUGUACUUAGACAUCAAUUGGUUAAAAAAUCAUCAGGCUAAGCAGGAUGAUUUUGUGUAUUUAGUCCAAAUAGUUUGAAAUUUCCAAUUUAUGUAUUAAUAAAUUA